UCUUAAUUUUUGCAGGAUGUCAUAGACAUAAUAUCUUAUGUUACAAAGAGAGAAAAAUGAGGUUAAAAAGGAAUGAAGAAAGAUGCAAUAGAAACUAUAUUAAGGAAUUUAACAACCGAUAUUGUUUGAACGUAAAAACCUGCCUGUUAUAAAAUAAUCCAGUCUUUAUUCCUGGCUUACCAACGCAUCUUUCCUUAAAACUAUAAUCAAAUUCUGUUGAAUUUGGAAGUGAUGGAUUGUUGAGGAGAGGCAAGAGCCUGGUGGGAGAGGAUACAAAACAAAGUGCCCGAAGAAAAACAUUUCGUAUUAGGACGUGUCAUUAUGGAGGGGAGGGAGGAAGCCUGAAGAAGUGCUUUCUUCACCACUACGCGCAUGCGCCACUUCUGAUCCCUGAUUCCCGUUUAACGACUAGUUGCCAGUCCUUUUCUCCUCUUCUAUCAACAAAGUCCACAGGAAGCCCAGGCUCGAAAAUGACACUGUUGCCUAGCCUUCGAAAUAUGGUGAUUUGUACGGAAACAACGAUAGUUUCUGAUACCUAAAAACAACAAAGAGAUAAAUAUAAGAAACGGCCUGCCUUACGUAGGUUGUGUGUUGUAACUAGUCCCCUGAGAUAGCAAACCGGUACCAUUACUGAAAGCAAUUAAAUGAUCCUGAAUCACCGCGAGGACUUAGGGACCACGCAAGAAAAAAGAAGCAUACACAGAAAGUGAGAAAAGGGGUUUCAUAUCUUAAAAUCUUUCACAAUUAUAGGUUACAGAAACAAUCUUUUUUUGCCAAAAAACCCUCUUAUAUUUUGAAGGAUACGCAACGGUCCUAACACUCAUAUUUCUGACGGUGGUAUACCUGUGCGGUUUCGAUUAAUCUUCGAAUUAAAAUAACCUACUUUUAAACCUAGUAAAUCAAAACUGAACAAACCAAGAUUAACGCGGGAGGAAAUUUGUAAGGAAAGAACCUUUCCUCGUUUCAUUUUCCUUUUUUCCAAGGGCAUCGCUCAAAACGGCGGCUGGAAAUUCGCAUGUUACGCCGGGGACGUUUUGAAAAAGUUUCGAAAAAAAAAAGAAUGGGCUCUAGAAACGGAAAAGUAGCUUUGUUGGAACUGAUUAAUUCUUGUGAUGUUCAGGCAGCCGAAAACUGUCACGAACAGAAACCACACGGACCGCUGAUUUUAAGAUUCUGUAUUUAUUAUAUAGUCUUUCAUCCUCUGAGAUAAUGCAUUAGCGGAGUAUGAAGGCAUUUAUUCCCCGGAUUUAUUCCCAGCAAGUACUUUCUUUCGUUGCCAUUUAGAGGAUAAACAAUCAAGCAGUGGGAGAAAGAUCAUAAAAGAGGAAAGGAAUUUAACAUUUUUGCUCUUGAAAAGGGUUUGAAAAUAAAACAAUUUUUUCUGUCCUCAAGUCACACGUGCUCGAUGGAGACGUUUUGUCUGAAGCAAGAAGGCUAGGGGGUCAUGGAUCGAUUCGGCAAUUGACGUCAUUUGUGUGAAGCGCUAUUGGUUGCUGGUGGCUGAGUGGCAGCUGUCUUUGUUGAAGCACUUCAACAGUGCCAAAUAACGUGACAAAAGCCCUUACGUUUGCUAUAAAAAAGCUGAUUAUUAUUCACAUCACGUUCGCACUCGGGCAUUCUUAGAAUAAAGGGAAGUUGUUUACAAAGUAUGCAUAAUCAAUUAACCCCAACUGAUAUGUUUUCAGUUUUCAGUUUCUAGUUUUACUGAAACACAAGGUUAUUUUGAGCUCUUGACGAUGGUUUUAUACAAAAAUGGGAACCAUUGAUUAAAUGAAGAAAGCCGUUUGAUGCAUUUAAUAUUCCGCGGGAAAGCUUACGGGGAAUUUGCACUCUUUUUUUCAUUAAGAAUACGGGGUGAAUAAUACAUUAAAAACAAUUCUUAGAACGAAACAAUAGAAGGAGUUUUGUUUCUGAUAUUUCUCAGAAGAAUGCUGUUGAAUAUAUUACCGAGAAAUUGAUUAAUCUCUCCAAGAAAAUAACAAAAACAUGCCUUCAGGAAAAAGUAAACUUCAAUAUUCCCUCUAGUUUGUGAUUGGUUAGUUUGGCUCUGGUAUUUCCCCCGCACCCAGAAACGUCAAAUAUCUGUCAAGUACUUUGUACAAGGUACUGCCUCUUUUUGCUUAAAAUAACCCAACACGGUAUUUUCUCGGUUUGUGAUUGGUUCAGAUAAAGUAAUACGUAAUGUGUCUGUUUUUGCCUACCAAUUUUUUGAAAGCCUUAAAAUUUCGUCGUUGCCUCAAUUUUGUCAUUCUGGUUUAUGGUUUGAUCCAUUGUGGAUUGUGCGACUUUGUGUUCAACGAGACCUAAAUCUUUUUUUACCAAGAAGCAAAAUUUUACCGAGAUCUUCAUAAACUUGACGUUGAAGGUAAGCUAGGGUUCUAGAACUUGAAAUCAGCUCAAUUCUGUGCUUUUAUGCAUGCUGUUGUUCAGCGGAAGGUGUAGGUACAGAGUUCCGCGUUGGUGUAGUAGUUCGCGGAAUCUUCACAGCACAUUUUUAAGACUUGACGAAACGUUUCUUCUUUCCUUUUAGAAAAGAUAAAAAGAAAAGAUGGAAAACAUGAUUGGAAAUUCUGACUUGCUACAGAAAAUGGAGGUAAGAACGUAACACACGCGACUUAGCUCGUUUCAGCGCUCUUUUUAGCUUAAUGAAACCCUGUUCACACCAAAGGGGAGAAAAUUGUGAACUUAUUCUCACUGACUGUUUUUUCGUUCAAUCGUUAACGUUGAAUGUGAGUUAAUUUAAACAGUGAUAUCCGAAGUCCCAAACUUCCUUAAAGAUGCGACGCAUUCAUGAAUAAGCUUAUGGUUUUGUUGAUCAGUUAAGAGCUAACACGUUUUGUUGAUUUCUGUUCAGACCUUCAACAAUCUCUUCCAUGGUUUCCCGGCUGGUUUCGCUAAGAUCAGCGAUCUUGCGCUGUUGAACGGGAUGUUUCAUGCGGCAAAGCAUCCAUUAGUACCCGAAGGGACUCCUGUUCCUGGUUUUGAACGCCCAACACUACAUCAAAUGACAUCUCAAGACAUUGCAUCAGGUAAAAAAAGUCAGAUUUUUUUUCGUUAACACCUUCACAUAUCUCGGUAUCAAAACUUUCGCUCGCGAAAGCGGAAAAAAUGAUGCACUGUCAUCUAACAUGCUAUGUUUGUUUUGUCUUGUUUCUCAGCUCUAGGAUACACGGAGGAGCGAUCAUUCAUGGAAGAUCUAAAUGAAGCACCAGAAACUAUUGAAGAAUUGUUUAAUGGCAGGCCUCAUCUCGGCUUUGAGCAGAGCGGUACGUGUUGUUUGUUUCGUUUAAUUUUCCGCUUUGGAAAAGCCCUUCAGCACCCCGCUGAGUUCUAGGAAAACCACGUUGUCAUUAUCAAAGCAAUUAUGUUAUGCUAAUGUGGUUUCGAAUCCCAAUUAUGGGCAGCUUGAUUGACAAUCUCUCGAUAGUUGAUUAAUUUUUGGGGGGUGUAAAGUACAAAAUAUCUUACACUCCUACACUUUCUCAAAACGUGUACAGAUCUUGUUUAUGAGAUGAUAAUUUUUGGCAAUUUCUUUUGCAGAUAUGGAUAACUUUCCCGACCUAUCUGUGUUUGAUCAACUUCAAGAAGAGCAUUCAUUCCAUGAACAGUACCCUUUGGCCCUAUUGAACUUGAAGGAAGAAGCAAAAUCUCCCAUGUCUUCUUGUGACUCUGUGUACAGUUAUUCAUCUGCAAGCCCUCCUCACAGUCCAGCUAUCAGUGACAUUAGUUCACAAGCUUACAGCACAGAUGAAGGAAUUCAGAGUGACUUCAGUGAUGUUGAUGGUUAGUUUUAAACUUUGUCAAAACCCAGACACCAAAUUAAUACCUCAAAAAUUCUUUAGUAUGCAUUAUUUUGUUCUCUCAAGAUUAAAUUUUGUUUAUUGUUUUUUUUUUCAGAAUUACUCAGCCCGGUUGGUUCACCACUGUCUACAUACAACGAAACAGAGAAGCAGCAAAUAGUUGUGAAAACCGAACCAAGUGAUGUCACAACCACCAAGACACAAAGAAGGAAGAGAGGACCCAAACCACCUGUGAAAUAUCGAGGUAGGAAUGAAUACAGGAAGUUUUAAGCUAUUAGGUUGCGAGGGGGUGGGGAGGGGUUAAGGUAGGCGGGCAUAUUUUUUCAACAUCUGUUUUUCUCAUAAAUAUUUCAAGGAAGUAAACUUGUUUUGUUGAUUUCCUUUAGGUGAUGGUCCGAUCCAGCUGUGGCAGUUUCUGUUGGAGCUGUUAAUUGAUCCAAACUGUGGAAAUCUGAUCAAGUGGACUCAAGAUGAGGACUAUGAGUUCAAGAUCCUACAGCCCACCACAGUCGCAAAGAUGUGGGGAAAGAAAAAGAAUAAGCCCACCAUGAACUAUGAGAAGCUGAGCCGUGGCCUGAGGUACUACUAUGGAAAGAAUGUCAUUGAGAAAGUACAUGGCAAAAGAUAUGUUUACCAGUUCAUGUGCGAUAUCAAAGGCAUCCUUGGUUAUGACCCAAUGGUGAAGUGCGAAGAAGAUUCUGGUGCAGAAGAUGUGGUGUGUGGCGAACCAGUAAUGUCGCCUGAAGUUGAAGACCUACUUGUUUCCUCUUCAGUUGGAGAUGGUUUCUAUCCAGGGCCUCUUGAUUUCAGUGCGCUUUGUGGUUACUAGUUCCCAUGUUUUUUUUUGUCGAUACCCAAAACGUUGUGUUACUUCGGUGACUUUUCAGUAGCUUGUAUCAAGCAGUUAAAACGGCAGUUAGCUAUUUUAUGAAUCAUGUUGAUUCGACCCCCCAAGUUAAAAUUUUCAGUUGUAAGGAGAUCGGUAAAGGAUCUUGGUACUUUACUCUUAAGAUUUUGACAUUAUGCAUACUGUGUAUGCAUGCAAACAAACUGAACUCUGGGAGUUUACCUCUGUAAAUAUCCCGUUGCAGUGUUUCCAUAGUGUUUUUGCGUUUACUCCGAGAAGAAUAAUAUAAAAGAAUUUUACUAAAGUAAAAAAUAGUGUGCAUUGUUUUUUUAUAAAGAUAAAGAAAAAAGUCAUAUAAUAUUCGACAUGGGGGAGUGGUGUGUUGCUUCUCCCUUUUUACCAUUAUUAUGUAAAAGUUGCUUGACAAUGAUUAUGCUGAAAGGUUUGCAGAAAUGGAAGCAGUAUGUGUUGCUUCUAGCAAGAGUAUAUUGUAAAUUGAGAGUAUAUUGUAAAUUACGCUAUCUAGUCAUAUUGAUUUUAAAUUUGCUCUUUUGCUACCAGGUAGCUCACACAGUAUGUGCCAAAGUUGUAAUAAUAUAUCAUGAAAGCUGUCAAUUAAAACCAUGCAUUGAAAAAGCCCAUGAGUUUGUGUUUAUUGGUUGCGUUAGAUCAUUUGUGGGAACUGAUCCUUGUGUGUGAGAGAGAGUUGAAACUUGACAAAAUGCCAACCAAAGAGGAAACCUAGUUUGUGAUUGAAAUAUGACCAGAGAGAUUAAAAAUUAUGAAAAAAAUGCCAACAUUUCUCAUUAACGCAGAGAAAAUUAUGUUGGUGACUAGUACCCUUGGAUAAACAAAAACCUUUUUAUGCAGUAUUUCUUAGGUUGCCUGAUGUGUGAGAUCCUUUAUAAGUUUUAGGAGUAACUUUUUCCACCCCCCUCAGCUGUGAUAACUUGAUUGACAAGGAAACAGCAAUGUCGAAUUCAUCAGGUUUCGUAACCAAUGGCGUGAGCUCCUUGGUAUUCUCUUUCUCGCUUACACGUAUGCUAAUGUCUUUCAUCCAUAUCUCCUGCCCUCAGCAAGCUUCAUUGUCUGUCGUAGCGCAACAAAUUCACGAGGAAUAGUAUGAAGAGUAUGCAGGGAUUUUCUUAGUGCCCAUCUCCUCCACCCCCUCUGCCCCGCUUGAACAACUCAUCCCCUAUUUUACCAAAAUAAAAAUACAGUAAACUGCCCUGCUUGUGCAUCUUCGUAAGGGGUUUUAGCAGGGCUUAAAAAACGGAGGGGCGCUAGCUUCGGGGGGGGGGGGUGGGGUCUUAUGAGUGGAAGAGCCUUGAAAAAGCGUAGCGCUGAUCACAUUCGUUUGUUAUUUCUGAUAUUUGUAAGUGCAGUUUGUGUGUUAUUCCUUUUAAAACUCAGAUGGCCAAAAACCAAGAGCAUAUAUGAUCAAAAUACGUUUUGUAUUUACUGUUCUGGUUUUUUAUUAAGCUUCAAAACUUCACGUUGCAUCGAAUUCAUUUCAAUACAUUUUUUUUUGGUGGGGGGGGGGGAGGAGGCUUUUAUUCGGGGUUCAAUACAUUUGGAGGGGGCUUCUAUCCGUGGUUUAUUUUUUUGUUCUGUAGGUCGACGGUCCUCGGCCGGCGGGGGGGCGGAGGGUGGGGGUCGGGGUGCUAAGAAGCGGAAGUUUUAUACGUUACAGUCGACGAGAGUAAAUAUAUGGCUUCGGCUUGAACGACAGGUGCAUGCGUCUUCAAUGUCAACAUCGAUAUAUUCUAAGAGUCUUCAUUUAAUUAUUAUUCUUUUUAAUUAUAGGAACAGGAAGAAGUAGGAAAUUGCUUCUCUGUUUUUUGGUUGUUUUUCUUAUGAAUACUAGGCGCAUUUUAUUGCAGUUUGAGACCGAUUAAUCACAUGGACGUGGUUUCUUUUCAGUUGGCUUUCUCCUAACUUGAGCAAAUUUACUUUAGUUCUUAGAAUUAAUUUGAAAUAGGACCUUAGCCCCACCAUUCAUGUCAGUUUUUUUGCACUAUCUUCCAAUCUCCUUUCGCUUUUUGCUUCAACUAAUCCUCAGAACGAGGCUGAGAGAAAAGAGGAAGUUGGUGUGACGUCACAUACAGUUUAUUGCCAGGUGUAGCACGUUUUGCUCUUCUUGCUUCAAAACUGGGAAGAAAUCUCGCGAAAGGUACAAGAAAAUUUCAAUUUUGUGUCUGAGGCAAGUGGUGCAUUACCCGAGCAUUUCAUUUUGUGGCGUUUGAAGUGAUAACAACCAUCGAUUUGGGGGAGAAUUUAAGGCAGCUUCCGGCGGAAAGAUGAGUGAGGUAAGAUCGAGUUCGGCGUCGGUUUCGUUGAACGGAAAUUACCCUUUGCAGUACACAUUCUUCUUUCUCGAGCAAAAUACGACAAGAAAAGUAAUAAGUACUAAUUCCUACGAUAUCUACGCAACGUUUCUUACCAGCGGUUGUGUUUUUACAGCGAUCUUAAAGCGAAUUUUGGCAUCAAAGGAAGUAAGGUUGUGAGUUUGAUCAUUCACGCUCAAAACAGGAAAGGCGAGGUAAGCUUAUCUUCCCAGGCGCCCAGUAAGCCAACAUAAAGUUGCAGGUAUUACAUUCUCAUAACUGUAACAAACCAUACCCUUUUAUUUAACUGGCUUACUUUUUUUCGCAUUUAUUUGUUUUCGUUUCGUUCUCCGCUAAUACAAAAGAACUAAAGCUAAACUGAGAAGACAGAUCAAAUCGAAGUUCGAAACGUGUUUAUGGCGGGAAAGCAGUCGUCAACUGUCCAUUUUUGUUCAUUUAUUAAUACUGAAAGUAUUGGUUUUGAUUUUGUGUGUUACUUCAAAAAGUGAAUACCGUUCAUGAAAAUCACACAUCUAGCAAACUGUUUUCGUGGAAACAUGCACGUUUCUGAUCAUAGUAACUAAGUACACAAAAGAAGGGGAGAUGCGGUUUAAUUUCCAUCUUCACACGAGAUGUCAACAGAAAAAAGGUGGAAAUAUCUCCAGUUUUCUACUGUUCAUUGGUGAUGUAAAAGUAUAUUCUAUUUUCACCAUGAUUUUAUACUCCCCCUGGUUUAGUCGACAACCCAGUCAGUGAUCAUACAUAAUGUUAUUCAUUUGACACCUCAAAAAUAUUUCAUAAAACUGAUUACCACUCUCCAUUUGUCAGAUGUUUGGUAACCGGAGUCAUCUUGCCUGAAGUUAUGUCACCCGAAAUUUUUAGUUGUCUCUUGAGAUGCUGAGUUAUGUUACCCGAAUUUUAACAGGUGUACUACAUAGAGAAUGAAGGUGAUAGGGAUGUUAGGAUGUUGUUGAGCAUGAUAACAUUUUGGGUGUCAUCACUCAGCAUUUCGGGUGACCUACAUUUUCAGGGGCGCUGCCAGAUUUUUUCCAGAGGUACGCACAAUUUUUCAAAUCCCUCUAGUCCCCUCUCACUUUACAACAACGUAGUCAUGCUUUUCACAUCUACCUUGCUGCUAUUUACACACUUUUUUUGCAGGUUUCUUCACUGACAUUCUGGUGUUAAAAAGAAGAAGUCCAUUGUUUUUUAAAAAUAUUUUUCAAAGAAACACUUAGACUUAGAUGAAAAUUGAGCAAUAUUGUGCUUUUUAAAUUUAUUUACUUUUUUCAGAUAAUUGGCAUUUUUCAUUUCAUAUUAAUAUAUUUUUUAGUCUCAACUUUUUCAGGUACGCAUGUGCGUACUGUGCGUACUGGUAGCUACGCCUCAGAAUCUGCAUCUAAAAAUUUUGGGCAUCAAAACUCUAGUUUCAUGCAACAUAAUUUUGGGUGAGAUGACUCUCGUGCGACUUGACUGUGAACCAGCUGUACAACAUGUAUAGGGUAUACCAAUUAAGGUUAUUUAACAAUUAUUCCUCGAGCCCAAAUGGGCUCUGAGUCUAUAGCCCAUGAGGCUGAAGGACGAAUGGGCUAUUAACUCAGAGGCCAUGAGGGCGGGAGGAAUAAUUAUUGUUUUAGUAAAAUCCAACUAGUUGGUCAAAAAUAUCAAGGCAAAACAACUUUAGCUAGUUAAAGCUAGACUUAAAGCCAUUGUUUUGGUAUUCAAGUCGGCGCUUUUUGCUACUAGUGGGCUAUAACAUGUAGCCUAGUAGUAGCUCAACCAAUCAGAAUGCAGCAUUGAUAAUAGAGCACUAUUUGGAUUUUACUAAAGUCAAUUACGGUGCACUGAACUGGUAAAGAAGAUUUCAAUCAAGAUGUUAUGAAAAUCGGUUUAUACAUGAUCAGGCUGGAUUUUGAUUGUUGUUAAAUAUUGUUGUUGUUGUUUGGUUGUGCAUGAACACAAUGUGAACAGAGAAAAUUUGCAAAAUUGCCUGAAGCAUUUCAUGCCAGAAGACUAGCACCUGCUUUUUAAGCAGUUCAAAAAUUGGACUAAGUGUGAAUGAGAUAGCCUGAAAGCAUGGAAAGAGCUCUAAUGUAGGCACUGGACUUAUACUGUCAGAUUUUUAAAAUGUGGAUUCAUUCUGCAGAUACAUUGUAUUCCUUGUAGAAAAGUCUUGUUUUAUACUGUAUUUAUUCGAUUAACCACCCUGGGCGCUUAUUAAAUUUUUGGACCUUGAGAGUGGGCGCUUAUUCGAGGCUGGGCGCUUAUUAAAUUUUCACCAGUUUCAGCAAGUGAAGUAUGUCUAUUUUGCAACAAAACAAUAAAUGCUAAUAACAAAAUGCGAAGAAGAAACAAAGCAAGGUUUCUGUGAAAUACUCUGAAGAAAACUCCGUCCUGGGGGAAGUCUCUUAUUAAAAUGUAUCCACUCAAGUUGGUGGGGUGAGAGUGAGUGCUUAUUUGAGUUUGAUUGGGAGGGGGAGGGGGUGGGCGCUUAUUCGAGGGUGGGCGCUUAUUAACUUUUUCUGCCUUUAGGAUUGGCGCUUAUUCGAGGUGGGCGGUAAUUCGAGACUGGGCGCUUAUUCGAAUAAAUACGGUAAUAGACGCAGUGGUUUUUUUUUUACAUAUUUUGCAGCAAUUUGUUACUGGAUAUUGAUAUUUUGUGUUAUAACCCUGUCAAGGUAGAUUUUCAGUGAUGACAGAAUCUGGGAAUGAAUUGGUCCCUGAGGAAGGCCUUCAGGGAAACGUUGCUGUACCAGAGGGGGGUCCCCAGAGGAACUUAUCAGUACAGUUACAGUGUCAUGCAUCAAGUUCAGCUGAGGAAGUGAGAAAGCUUUUAGAAGAAAAACUAAGCAGACAUCUGGAUGGUUAUACACUGGUGUUUAAUAACUCUGAGGUAUAGAAUGCCAUUGAUUUUAGUUUUGUUUUGAGGGGUUGUUCAUAUGCGACACAAGCACAAGUAGCAGCACAAAAAAAAAUCAAGUGUGCAAACUCAUGCACAAGGGCCAAUGUAAGAAAUGCCAUUUCUUUUGGCAUUUGUUCUUGUAUGUGCAUUUCACAUUCUUGGACUGAGACAAGACCAGUCAAGUCACAAGAGCAAGGUCAAAAAUUUUCUUUGGCCAUGUUAGGUUGCACGAUGCAUGCAUACCUCAUGUAUUUGCAUUAGCUAUAUGAACAUAUCUUGUGCUUGCACUAUUCUCUUGUGUUUGUAUUGCUUGUAUUCGAACAGCAAAUGUCAGAUCUUCAUUUGUUAUUGUCCAGUACGUUUAUUGUCAUCUUAAAUUGUUUUCUUUUUGCUUUAAAAAUGAUAUGUCCCAUAUGUGUAGAUUUUCUGAAGAUCAACUUAAGCCAGCAAACAAAUAAAUGUAUUUUUUGUCAUUUACACAUAGCUGACAACUGUCCAGGAUAUUUUAAAGGUUCAGAGUCUUGUAGAGCAAGAUUGUGAUCAAAUCCUUACUGUUAUCAUCAAUGGUGAGUUAAUAUUAAUUUAAUACAAAUUCUAUAUUAAAUAUAAGUGGUCCAGCUCUGUCAUACUUCUAGCCCCUUGUAAAAAAUGUGAAAACAAAGUUUGAAUAGCCUUUAACUAGCAGGCUGUGUUUUGAAUUUCCCUCCCUUUAAGUCCCAAUAGUGCUCAAAAUCAAUUUUCUCCUGACGAUAUCCAUAGACUAUCAUAAGCAAAGUCUGUGAGAAUUAACAAAAUGAUCACAAAGAGAAAAAUAUUUGAUCUUUUACCAAAUUCUCUCAACUAAUUUUUCAAGGAAAUGUAUGGAGAUCAGUUUGGAGAAUCUGUAUGUGGAUAUUGGGACUUAAAAGGUUAACCUGAUUCGCAAAUAGACAGUGGCAUUUUUGACAGGCUAAUCAUGAUGUCUACUCAAAUUCUGGUACCCAGCUGGCCAUGGCGGCCCAGAACAAGGAUUUCGGCACUAGUUCGCCGACAGACUUUUCCAGAAGUUUAGUUUUACUUGUGGCACAGGCUACCCAGCAGUGUCUUAACCCUUUAGGUCCCAAGAGUGACCAACAUCAAUUUUCUCCUAACAACAUCAGCAGAUCAUGAAGAGUAAAGGUUAUGAGAAUUACUAAAUUGAUGACCAAAGGGAGAAUACUUUGAUCUUAAACCAAAUUCUCUCAACUAUACUUAAAAGAAAUGUAUGGAGACCAGUCUGGAGAAUUUGUAUGUGGAUCUUGGGGCUUAUUCUAUUAAGACACAUUGACACAUUGGAAACUACCUCAAUUUUUCUACUGGCACCUGGACAACUAAUGAAAUUGUUCUGUUUGAGACAACAUUUGUUUCAAGUUUUUGAACGAGGCGUGCUAAGAAUAAGGCCCCAUAUUUUGGUUUCUGAUAAACUGUGAGAUUCUCCUUUGACCUUCCAACUUGCCUUGGUAUUAUUCAUUGUUUGUGAAUCAAAGGUCAAACUUACUGUUAGAACAGGAGUUGCUUUGGGCCUUAUUCCAUGUGCCCUUAUUUUGAAAUGAUAGAUAAAAAUUAAUACCAGUUAGUAAACACGUGUUGCUUGUAAUGAAACUGUCCUCACCUAUACGUUACCAUAAAUUAUACUUUUUUUCACCAGAUGAGAAUUUCAGGAUAGAAAUUACAAGUAUUCAGGAUCCCAUGGAAGGUAGUGUUGCAAACAAUGUUACCAGUAUUAUUAUUUUUUCAAGUGGGGAUCAUUGUGAAAAACAAACUUCAAGAAUAAAAGAGAUUUGUUGUAUUUGUAGUAGAAAUGCUGCCAUUGCCAGCUGAGGAGUCUGAAGUCAAAACAAACAGCAAUGAAGUCAUGUCACCACCAGCACUAACAGAUGAACCACCCAAAAAGAGACGGAGAUCUUCAGGAUCAGGCACUGCUAAAGGUACUAAAAUCAGGAUGCGAGAAUAGGUGAUGAUGAUGAUGAUGAUGGGUAGGGCAAGUGAAGGAUCAAAGCUAUUGUACUCAUCAUUACAAAACACUAAACUAGUCUUGUUGUGUUACCCCAUCUUCAAAACUGAGAUUUUUUAUUACUCUUUUAAAAAAAAACUCUGGGAUGCAACAUUUGGGAAGGAUAUAGGAAAGGAGAUAGAGAAGUGGGCUGAGAUACUCUUGUAUAGUGCUUCAACAAAUUUAACUGGUGUAAUAGCUACAAAUUUAGAGUUUCUAAUGUAUUUUUAGUUAUUCCAUAACACAACCUUUUUUAAAUCACAAGGUAGCAUUAUCAAGAGACUCUUGCAGAAGCAUGUACCAACUGUAUGUCAUAGGUUUACUGGAUCAUAUUUCGAUAGAAAUUAUCCAAAGCUCAAAGGUCUGAAAUAUUUGAGAGUAUUUAUUGGAAAUACUGCUCUGGCCUUUGGUUUAUUUAUCUCAGAUUUCAUCUCUCCUCCCCCUUACUAUUUUGCAGUUCAAUAACAUAUCAGAAAUAAUUGUGGUCUGCAAGUGAUUUUCUUAAUCUAAAAGAUGUUAUUUGGAAGGGGGAGAUUCCAUCAGUAUGUUUAUUCAGUGUCUGUAGAGGAGUUAUUGUAUAUGUUACAGCUCUGUUAAAUUCAGUUUUUAACCUUGGUCGGUUCUCCUUUUCCUUUGUCUCCUAACCCAAAUUAUUCUUUAAUUAGGGCCAGGAGAGAAAUGAAAUUGAGAAUCAAUCUAGGUUAAGAAAUUAACCUUAAAGAUAGUUUUUGACCCACAGUACGACAUAGGUGUGAUAAUAAUAUCGAUCAUCAAUAAAAAUGAAAUUAUUCUAGAUGAAAACAAUAUUAUUGUAAUGAAAUGUUUCAGGUGCCAGUAGCAGUAAGUCUUCUUUACCAGCUCCAGCAUCCCAACAAGUGGCUGUUAUCACUGAAAGUGAGCAAACCAACUUUUGUUUUGGGUUGUUAAAUGGAUAGAUAAGGAUAAAGAUGGGUGUUAUUUCAAAUGUUUAAGAUUUGAAGAUGCCAUUCUAAAAAAAAUAGUAAUUUAUUGUUAGAUGUUUCAAGGAUUACAUGUGAUAUAGGUACAGUUAGACCCUGUAUGUUUUUACUGUUGCAGGUAGCUCUCAAGGACAGCAGAUUUCUGUGAUAAAAAAUGGUAGGUGUAAAUAAAAACUUAAUUUCCUUCUGCCUGGUAAUCUUAGGCUACAUACCGGUUUAAUUUAUAUAUUUCUGUUAGUUUCAUAUGUGUAAACUUGAGAAACUGAAGUAGCAUGUUGCAAAAAAUUCACAAUGAACAUCAUAUUUUGAUGCAGUUUAUCAUCAAGGUGUUUCUUUGUUCAUUGUAAACUUAUUAUGACAUACUCAAUAUCUUUACAUGCGCUUUGCCCAUUGUAUGGUAUUUUGUAUCCACAUUCAAAUAUUAACUUAACUGUCAGUCUUGAAAAUGGAAGUGAAGACAUUUUGCAAUAAUUUUUUUACUUUUAUACAUCUUUAAAUAAAUUUGGUUUCUUCUCAUGGUACAGGUUUUGAAAGUUCUGCUUCAAAAGAUGACUCGACUCUGAUGGACAUAACUCAGUCUUCGUCAGGAUUCUCUUUAAAAGGUCAGUUCCCACACAAAAAAAAUGAUGAGAAAACUAUCAUAUUUGUCUGCUCGUAUUUUAGGGGUACAGAUCUGGCUUUUUGUGGUGUAUUCGGUGGCCUUUUUUUGUCUACUACCUCUGAGAAAAGGUAACCAAAGACAUUUUUAAAGUAGGGUUCACACACACCUUGAAAGUUCUUGAAAAUUACAGUCAGUGAUGGAAAGUCCUUGAAUUACAAUGCUAACUUUAUAGUUUAAGUAGAACUCCAAAGAGAAAGGAGCAAACACAGAGAUCUUCGCAACAAAAUUGCUCAUGUUGUGGAAGAACUAAUAAAGACAUAGACUCAAGGCUCUUUUUUAUACUAAAUGGAGUCCUUGAAAAAUUGGAAAUGUGUACCUGAAAGUUCUUGAAAAGUCGUUGAAUUUUUUUUCAAAAAAGGGUGCGAACCCUGUUAAGGGUACUUUUUAACUUUUUGCUUAUUUAUUUGACACAGGUUUGGCUGGUAUAACAUCUGAACAGCAAACAGUAAUUCUGAAUGCAUCCCCACAGAACAGUCCUGGAGAAGUGAAGUCUCCUACUGCUGCUGGUAAGGUGUUUUGCUUGUUUAAAGAUUAAUUAACUGUGCAUUUCUCGCCAUGAUGAUGACUUCUUGAACUUGUGCAUAAUUUACAGAUGUUGUUAGUGGGGAUGAUGAAGAGAAGAGCAAGAGUGUGGAUGGAAAGCCAAGUCCUGGAAAUAGAUCAGGUAGAAAGAAAAACCUUUCAAAAAUAAUAAUAAUAAUAAUAAGCUAUAAAAAAAUUGCAUUAAAACAUUUGAGCAAGUUUUAAAAAAGUUAAAAAAUAUACAAUGUUCUUGGAUGUCAUUAUCAAGUAAACAAAUAUGGGACGAAUGUUCUAUAAAUACAAGAAAAACAAUAGUUCAUUAAAAAGGCAAGUAAGAAAAAAAAAAGAGUUUAGCACUGAUGGACUCAGAGUGACAUGAUUUGCUGGGUCAUUUGGGUUGUAAGUGCAGAGGCUACUUUUUCUUGAUAUGUUGAACAGUGACUUAUUUCUUCAUGGCAAAGGAUAAACAACAGACUCUUUGCAGCUGCUGGUAGACAGUGGGGGUCGGGGGCAUGGGUAGCAUUUGUAAAUAAAAUGCCACUACACUCCUGUUUUAGUUAUAACAUACAUCUGUUGAUUCAUUCCUCUUUUAAUUCAUGCCUAGGUAACAAUGGCCAAAUCCAGUUAUGGCAGUUUUUGUUGGAGUUAUUAACAGACAAAAGCAGCCGUCACCUAAUAAUGUGGGUGGGAGAGAAUGGUGAAUUUAAACUUAAUGAUCCAGAACAAGUGGCCCAGCAAUGGGGAAGAAGAAAAAACAAACCUGCUAUGAAUUACGAGAAGCUGAGCAGAGCACUGAGAUAUUACUAUGAUGGUGACAUGAUACACAAAGUGCAUGGAAAGAGGUUUGUUGAGAAACUAGGCUGUGCAUAACCCCUUAAAUUAAAAUGACUACAGAAACUCAAAAUUGAAGAAAAAUCCCAUAAUAAUAAGUUGCUGAAAACAAGGAGCACCAAGGGAAAGUGCUGAUGAAAAGUUAAAGCCACCUUGUGCAGAGUAAUAAUUAUUAGUAUGAUAAACUACUGCUCAGUAUUUCAUCCCCAAAUCACCACCACCUUCUACAACAUAAUAAAGAGUAAGUACCACACAAAAGUUCUUCCCAGCUGCUUUCUUUUUAAUAGUUACACUUGAGUACAUUGUAUUUUAUCGCCAAAGUCAACCACCUUGUACAGCAUAAUAAACAGUACCACAGGAAGGUACUGCUCAGUAGCUUUCAUUUGAAUGGUCACACUUUAGGAUUUCAUCCACAGACUCAAAAGCUAGAACCUCAUUGUACAACAUAAUUAUGUUAUAAUAAACAUUAUCAAAAACUGAAUCAUUGGAUAAUGUAAUUCUAGAGCUCUGAUUGGUUUAGCCAUCAUGGUAUAUGAGCCACUAUACCAUGCUCUCCACAUAUGGUAACUGUACGCAUCUGCUCAAAUUAAAAACAAGCUGAAAAUCAAUUGUUCUUACAAAUAAUGUUGGGAAGAAUUCUCGAUAUUUUGUGGGCGUUUUAAAUAAUACAAUUUAUUAUUCCACUCGCGCUUGUUGGAUAUGAGAUGAUUAUAGCCAACCCAUAUCCAACGCGCAGUCAUGGAAUAAUUUAUUGUUAGGUACCGUAGGGAAGUGCUGCUAUGGUCAUACACAGGUACUAAACUGACAGCUUCCCUGAUAAUGCUGUUGGUGUAUCUAAGCAUAUCGUUAUCUGAUAGAAAGCUUGUUUGUUUUAGGUUUGUGUACAAGUUUGUGUGUGACUUGAAAAACUUGUUGGGAUACAGUGCAGGCGAACUUAGUAGACUUGUGUUGGAAGCGGAGGAAACAGCCAAUGAACUGGAGCCUGGGACCAAUGGUGGACACUAGCUUGUUGAUUGUUUGUGUAAAGAUGUUAACUGUAAAUAAUAAUAUUGUAACACGUCUCAUACUGUGUUUAUUUUCCAUCCGUAGAAAUUAUGCAGGGGUUUCAUUAAGAAUAGCAGUAGCAGGAGAAUAGUGUAAAGUAACAGGAGAAUAUUUUUGAAAGAACGAAGAACUUUCCCGGAAAGAGCUUGAAAACAAUCCUGGAAAUUUUGCGUUUUAAACCCUGCUGAGUUUGAUAGCAAAUUUUAUUUCCCGUAGCUGCGGAGAAUUAUGCGUCGUAGACGGAGAAUUCUGCGAUCUCCGAUGCUUAAUGAAACCCCUGUUAUGUAUUGUAAGCCACAACGACAAUCUUGUUGUAUUUCCCUUUGGCCACAGUCAAACCUCGCCACAAUCACAACCCUGUUAAGAGUCUGUUGUAGGUAGGAUACCAUUGUAAAAACAAGAGUGAGUUGCUGGUAGUACUUAAAGCCCCAACGUUCACAUACAAAAUAAUUCUCAAGACUGACCUCCGUACAAUUCCCUAAAGAAUUAGUUGGAAGAAUCUGUUUAACAAUCAAAACAGAAUUAUUCCUUUAGGUGAUCAUGAUAUUAAUUCUCAGAACCUUUUGUUUUGACUAUGCAGUGAUAUUAUUAGGAGAAAACUGAUGUUAAUCACUCUUGGGGCUUAAAGGGGUAAAUGUAUUUUCUUGGACAAAAAAGUGCCGCAUUUGUGGAAAGGUCUUCUUUGUAGAGAAGUAACCAUACCUAACCUAGCAAUAGACAUCUUUGUAAAGCCUUUAAUUUUGUCCUUUUGUCAAACUAUUCUUUUCCCUUUCUCCUAAAAUAAAAUGGGGUAGAAGAGGACCUUAGUGGCACUUUAAUUAGCAAAUUUUUAGUCGUAAUACUGUCAUGCAAUGCCUCUCAUGUCUUGUAUGACAAUUUGUGAUGUCCAGCCAGGAUGCCUAUACUGAAAACCUUGGGUAACACCACAUUUUGUGUCAUGAUUUGCCGUUUCUAACCCAGUUAGACACCUCACUUAAUGUCUCAUGAUGCAUUUUAAGGGUUUCUGCAAACAAUCAUGCAUCUCAGACCUUUCUUUAGGACUUAGCACAUGCCCUUUUUUCUAAUAUUUACGUGAGCUUAGCAUCUAGGCAAAGUUUCAGACCUAAGAGUGAAUUUUGUGGUAUUUAAAUAGUCACAGUGGCAGAAAAAAAUGUUUUAUAAAAUGUACUGCAUUUCAGUAUUCUUGAAAGAAUUAAAGGAAGCACGAAUUAAAAUUCUUUUUAGAUGGUCAUAGUUCUACUCAUUAUGGCCACUUAAGUGUUACUGUGUAAACCAAAUAUCUAGCGUGAAUUGUGUGCUGUAAUAUCGAUAAGUUAUUCUUAAAUUCUAUUAUUUUAA